AUGGGAAACUCACAUAGAAAGGAACCAUCUCGUUCGGCAUCAUCCACUCUUAAGCAAUCUAACUUGCAAUGUUCAUUAGCCAAGUUCUAUAACCAAGUCCCAAUAGAAGUACAAGUUUACACCAUGUCAUUUCUCCCACUCGAUCAAAUUCCUAACUUGUUUACAAUCAACAAAUUACUUUAUCAGGAAAUGAAAAUCAAUGAUCAAAUAUUUGCAAAUUACUAUGAGCACACCAGGAAGGAAAACAUAAAAAGUUCAUCAUACCGUUCCCCAGUGUUUAAAAAGAUGCCCAAAAACAUUACACGUUACAAAUUGAGAAAGUCGAAUUCCUCUGACGAAUUCGAGAUCUCGAAUUGUUCUGAUUUAGAAAAUGGAUAUUGUGAAAAUUACAACAAGUUGAAACAAGCUUUUGAUGAUGUAAAGAGAUUUGAAUAUAAGAUAAUGAAUGCUCAUCGUUCGGUGGAGUGCAAAUAA